AUGGUCGUACUGCUGGUGCUGGGCCUGGUGCUCAGCCUUGCCAAUGCGCAGUUCGGCCAGGAUUUCACGGUGCAGAGGAACCACAACAUGGCCAGGAUUUCCGGGGACUGGAACUCUCUUUUCAUGGCCUCAGAUAACAUGACGCGGAUUAGAGAAAACGGAGACCUGAGGCUCUUCAUCCGGAAGAUCAAUAUCUUAAAGAACGGCAGCCUGAAGUUUGACUUCCAUUUUAUGGUACAAGGAGAAUGUGUAGCUGUGACCAUGGUCUGUGAAAAGACAGAGACCAACGGGGAAUUCACCGUUGCUUACGAGGGGGAAAACAGGGUGUGGCUCUCGGAGACUGACUACAGAAUGUACGUCAUCUUCUACAUGGAGAACAUAAAGAAUGGGACCAAGACCCACGUGCUGGCACUCUAUGGACGCAUCCCAAAGUUUGAGAAGUCUUACCUGAAAAGAUUUGAAAACAUCUGCAAAAAAUAUGGGCUGGAUUCACAAAAUAUCAUCGACUUGAUAGACCAAGGUAGGCGCCCUGCUUUGGCCCAGAAAGGGUCCAGAGAAGGCAGAAUUGCAGCGUGGUGUGCCUGGCACAGACGACCUGAGGAUUGGGAUGGGGAGUCAGGGGAGGCUCAGCAAGCCAUCUGA